AUGGGUGACACACUCAUGGCCGAAUUCGGGGCCGCGGCUCCUUACCUCCGCAAGUCGGACAAGGAACGUCUCGAAGCCCAGACUCGGCCCUUCGACAGCCGGAACGAGUGUUUCGUGCCCGACGAGAAAGAGGAAUUUGUCAAGGCCAAAGUGAUAAGCCGGGAAGGAGCCAUGGUCACCGUGCAGACGGAGAAUGGCAAGACCCUGACAGUGAGGGAGGCCGACUUCCACCAGCAGAACCCGCCCAAAUUCGACAAGAUCGAGGACAUGGCCAUGCUGACUUUUCUGCACGAACCAGCUGUGCUCUUCAACCUGAAGGAGCGCUACGCCUCCUGGAUGAUCUAUACGUAUUCCGGCCUCUUUUGCGUGACGGUCAACCCAUACAAAUGGCUCCCCGUCUACAACGCUGAAGUGGUGGCUGCCUACAGGGGGAAAAAAAGGAGCGAAGCCCCUCCCCAUAUUUUCUCAAUCUCCGACAACGCGUAUCAAUACAUGUUGACAGAUCGAGAAAACCAAUCUAUCCUCAUCACUGGAGAAUCUGGUGCAGGGAAAACGGUCAACACUAAACGAGUCAUCCAAUACUUCGCCAGCAUCGCUGCCAUUGGGGACCGCAAAAAAGAAGCCGCCAACUCCCCCAAGGGGACGUUGGAAGAUCAAAUUAUCCAGGCCAACCCUGCCUUAGAAGCCUUCGGCAACGCCAAAACUUUGAGGAACGACAAUUCUUCUCGUUUU